CCCUGCUCCCCAACUGAAGCUUAACAGGUUGGUGGUAUCAUUUGGAGACUUUCAGGGGUGUCACACUGGAAGCUUAAGCAAGAGCCAAGGCAUCUUAUUCUACUCCCAGACACUGACCAGCUGGGGUUGAAAAGCCAGCAAGUGAGGGAAGGAAGGAGCCGGAGGUAAAGAAAGUGGGAACGGCUCUCAGCGAAGUUUGAGAGGGUCUAUGGCCAUGAGCGAACUGGCCACACAGAAGGCUGGCGAAGGCACUGUGUCUCGCCUGCUUAAUGUGGUGGAAAGUGAGCUUCAGGCAGGAAGGGAGAAGGGAGACCCUACAGAGAAGCAACUUCAGAUCAUCCUGGAGGAUGCUCCCCUCUGGCAGAGAUUCAAGGAAGUCACUAAUGAAAUGAUUGUGACCAAGAACGGCAGACGGAUGUUCCCUGUCCUGAAGAUUAGUGUCACAGGUCUGGACCCCAAUGCUAUGUACUCUCUCCUAUUGGACUUCGUCCCGACCGACAGUCACCGCUGGAAGUACGUCAAUGGUGAAUGGGUCCCCGCAGGCAAGCCAGAGGUCUCUAGCCACAGCUGUGUCUACAUUCACCCCGACUCCCCCAACUUCGGGGCUCACUGGAUGAAAGCUCCCAUCUCCUUCAGCAAAGUGAAGCUGACCAACAAGCUCAAUGGAGGUGGGCAGAUAAUGUUGAAUUCUCUGCAUAAAUAUGAACCUCAGGUUCACAUCGUCCGUGUUGGAGGCGCCCAUCGAAUGGUCAUGAACUGCUCAUUCCCUGAAACUCAGUUCAUUGCUGUGACUGCCUAUCAGAAUGAGGAGAUAACAGCUCUCAAAAUCAAGUACAACCCUUUCGCCAAGGCCUUCUUGGAUGCCAAGGAGAGAAACCACCUCAAGGACGUUCCUGAGGCCAUCUCUGAGAGCCAGCAUGUGACCUACUCUCACUUGGGAGGCUGGAUCUUUUCCAAUCCGGAUGGGGUGUGCACAGCAGGAAACACCAAUUACCAGUAUGCUACGCCUUUGCCUCUGCCUGCUCCCCACACACACCAUGGCUGUGAGCACUACGCUGGCCUCCGAGGUCAUCGGCAGGCUCCCUACCCUUCUGCCUACAUGCAUAGAAACCAUUCUCCCUCAGUGAAUUUGAUAGAAAGCGCAAGCAACAAUCUGCAAGUUUUCUCGGGACCUGACAGCUGGACGUCCUUAUCCUCCACACCCCAUGCCAGCAUCCUGUCUGUACCCCACAGCAAUGGCCCAAUCAACCCAGGGCCCAGCCCCUAUCCGUGCCUGUGGACCAUCAGCAAUGGAGGUGGGGGCCCCGUGGCAUCGGGCUCAGAGGUGCAUGCCAGCACCUCAGGAACGUUUCUCCUUGGGAACCCUGCUGUCACUUCAGCUUCCUCUCUGCUCCCCACCCAAGCGACCACUUCACCCGGUGUGGAGGUCUUGGGUGAGCCAUCACUAACCAGCAUCGCUGUGUCCACCUGGACAGCCGUGGCCUCACAUCCCCUCCCAGGCUGGGGUGGCCCAGGCGGAGCUGGGCGCCAUUCUCCCUCUUCAUUGGAAUGA